AUGUCAGCAUCACGCUGUGCCACCGCCAACCCGGAUAUUUCUGGAAUUGGGGUCCGUCUAGCUAUUUAUAUCCAAGCCAGCCUAAGUCUCCUCGUUGGAUUUGCUCUCACUCGCCUCGACGACAGAAGCGACAUCAAAAAACUCUAUUAUGGGCGCAAGUUGGUUGCUGGUUGGUCCGGAAACCUGUCUUUCUUAGGAUGUGCCCUUCUCCUGGCUGGGCUCAUUGAAGAAGCGACCGCCACACUCGGCAUCUACCACGCCAUCGUCAUUCUCUAUUUAAGCUGGAUAAUCCACAUCAGCUCCAUGUCCUACAUCGUUUUUUCCUGCACAACCGAGAACACAAGCGACUCGUCGGAUAUUCCGGGGUGGAAGGGGUGGUUGCGCCGCAGGGAUGAUCUGCCACUGGGUCUGCUCACGGGAUGGGUGGUUCAUGGCGCCUGCUUGGGCGCGUUUGGCAUUUAUGUUUGGAAGGGAAUGGUGAUGUCCGCACCGCGGACGUGCACAUCUUGCAUUAUUGUCGUGGUCCUUGGAAAGGAACUUCGCGCCUCGGACCCCAGUCUUCGGGUCGGAUCGCUCAUUAUUUAUUCACUGGCCAUCGUGCCCUUCGUCAUCGCCAUCAUCCCCGCCCUUCUGUGUGUCGUAGUCUACGGGGUCCUCGACCUGUCUAGGCGUGCGGUAUGGGCCGCCCUCCUACCCUUCGAUCCCGCUGGACUCAAACUCAUGUGGGCGGUGUCCAGCACGGUCGGGGUUGGAUCUCUCCUGGCGGUUCUCAUUGCCAAUGCGGAGAUGACCAUCGUCCGAAACUCUCAUCUAAACCCUGCUGGACGAGAUGAGGAGUCGAGAUGGACAUUCGGCCAGACGCUGGCCAUGAUUAUGGUCCUGUCUCCCUUGGUGGAAGUUGCAAAGGCUUGGACGAAGGGAAUUAAACGCCUGAAGACCGCGGAAGUAGGCAGUCGCAUAGUUGGCGAUGUGGAAUGA